AUGUGUGUGUGUUGUGGUAGACCAACUCUUUUUCAUUCAUGUUAUUGAUAUUGAUUUUGAACUCCUUUCGGCAAACUUGACUUGGCUAUUCAUUCAUUCCAGAAUUGACAGAGAAUAAAAGCCAACAAAUGAAGCAAAAAUAACACAAAAGAGAAACAGUGCAGGAGACUCAGAGAUCUACGACUUGGUGUGUUGGACUGCAUCUCUCCUCUUCUAAUUUGGGAUUUUUCUUUUAUUUUGGGAUUGGAUUUUUUGUUGGAAAGACAUCCAGCUUCGCUGGCCCCCUUUUGCCCACCAUUUGAAUUCUGUCUUCUUCUUUUCGUCUUCUCUUUUUGCUGUAACCCCCCAAUACCACCUACAAAUUUGCUUCGCCAUCCUUCCAUUCCACUCUCACCCGCAUAAAGCUACCUUCCUCCUUUUUCUUCAUUUCUUUUAUUUAUGUCAUUCUUAGUUCCUUCUUUGCUAUAAUUGAAAUGAAAUAAAGUACUGUUUUCCUUCUACAAUAAAACACACAUACUUGCAUUUAUUUACCCGCCCGCCCACGCGCACCAGGAGUACUGCUCAUCCCACGAUCUCAGUUUUCUUGGGAGAACAUCGCUUCCUUUUCGCUCAUCUCCGUUCUCCGCCCCCACCACUUCCCUAAACCGUUGCUUUAAUUUCUUUUUUCUGCUCCUCUCCUCUUCUUCGCCGGGGAAGGAACAAUAUUUUUUUUAUUAUAAAAAUAUAUAUAUAUAUAUAUAUCCCCCGCCUCCUUAACCGAGUUCCCAUAUUUCCCCUUCCCCUGCCUGCGAAAGAAAAAAAACCCAACAAAAAGCGAUUUUUGGUCUCCCCCAUUGUUUUCCCCACCAAAGAUCGGAGGAAGCUAAUUUAUUUCAAUGGCGACAAUAAAUGGGGUCUUCAGCUUCCUUCCCAGAUGGCUUUGGUUACUGGCUCUGGUGGUUGUUGUUGUGGGUGGGGAUGCGUAUUGUGUAGAGGGGCUAGGGGUGAACUGGGGAACAAUGGCGAACCGGAAGUUGCCGCCCAAGGUGGUGGUUCAGUUGCUGAAGGACAAUGGAUUUCAGAAGGUGAAGCUGUUCGACGCCGACCAGUCAACCAUGUCUGCUCUCGCCGGCUCCGCCAUUGAGGUCAUGAUCGCCAUCCCCAAUGACCAGCUCACCGUCAUGAACGACUACGAUCGGGCCAAGCAGUGGGUCCGCCGAAACGUCACCCGCUACAACUUCAACGGAGGAGUUACAAUCAAAUAUGUAGCAGUAGGAAAUGAGCCUUUCCUCAAAUCAUACAAUGGUUCAUUCUUGAAUGUCACCUUGCCGGCACUUCAGAACAUCCAAAAUGCCCUCAAUGAAGCUGGGGUUGGAGACUCCAUAAAGGCCACCGUUCCCUUGAAUGCCGAUGUAUACAUGUCCCCAGACAGCAAUCCCGUACCAUCUGCAGGAAGGUUCCGCAGUGAUAUUAGUGACCUUAUGACUGAGAUUGUCCAGUUCCUAAACAAAAACAAUGCGCCGUUCACUGUAAAUAUUUACCCAUUCUUAAGUCUCUACGGCAACGAUGACUUCCCCAUAAACUAUGCCUUCUUUGAUGGGGGAAGCACUCCGAUUGUUGAUAAUGGGAUUUCAUAUGAUAAUGUUUUCGAUGCCAACUUUGACACCUUGGUUUCAUCUUUGAAAGCAGUUGGAUAUGGAGACAUGGAAAUAUUGGUUGGUGAGGUUGGGUGGCCUACAGAUGGGGACAAGAAUGCCAACUCGAACUCUGCAUAUAGGUUUUAUAAUGGGCUUUUACCAAGACUAGGAAAGAAAAAUGGCACCCCUCUCCGCCCGGGGAGCAUUGAAGUUUACCUUUUUGGACUCCUUGAUGAAGAUGCCAAGAGCAUUGCUCCGGGGAAUUUUGAGCGUCACUGGGGGAUCUUUAGGUAUGAUGGGCAGCCCAAAUUCCCAAUGGAUCUUUCAGGCCAAGGCCAAAACAAUCUUCUUGUUGGUGCAAAGGAUGUGAAGUAUCUCCCUCAGCAAUGGUGCACGUUUAAUCCAAAUGCGAAGGACCUUAGCAAGCUUGCAGAUAACAUCAAUUAUGCUUGCACUUUCUCAGACUGCACGGCACUUGGCUAUGGAUCCUCUUGCAAUGGCUUGGACACUCAAGGGAAUGCUUCCUAUGCAUUUAACAUGUACUACCAGCUUCAGAAUCAGGAUGAUCUGAGCUGUAACUUCCAAGGUCUGGCCAUGGUGACAACGCAAAAUAUUUCAACAGGAAACUGCAAUUUCACCAUUCAAAUAGCUGCUUCCUCUUGCUCUGUUGUGGGGCCUUCGCUGCUCAUUUUCCUGGCAGCACUCACAUUUCUGUUGCCAUAGAUUUCUGUGGAUAUUCUGGGUACGCACUAUGAUUUAUUUAUUUGUUUUGUUGACUGUAUUAUUACACUUAUUGGGUUGCCACAUUUUGGAUUCAUCCAAUAAAGUCAGCCCAAUUAAUCCCUAAGUCCAUAAGAUUUGCCCUUCAAU